UCAAACAAUAAGGGCCAAUAAACGUGUUUUUUUUUCAAAGGAAAGAAAAGUGCGGCCCGGUUUUUUAUUUUAACUCGUGUUACCACAAGCUGUUACGUAAUCUGUGUUUGCAAACAGGACAGCCGGUGCAGCUGUGAACACAAGUUUUUCAUGAAAUGAAGUCAGUUGCUGAUUAUAUUAAUUAUCUCUGGAUUGUACUUACAAUAACGGCUUUCUGGGGGUCACAGUUCAUAUGCUUUGACCGCAGAUCUUCCGUGCAUGGUAAAUCUAGUCGUUCCAAAGGAGGACACAUAUGUUUGCUUCUGGAAAACCGCAUUCUGGUAUUAUUUUUCAUAACAUAGUAAACAUUUUCUUUUUCCUCUAUCGCCCACAUCUUGUCUGGCUACAGAAUUGUCCGAAAUAACCGUUGCGAAUACUGGAACGUUCAUGUACCAUGACGUCAUAUUUUUCGGAGUUUUAGAAAAAUCCGCGAAAUAUUCUCAGAAGAAUUUUAAAGAAUUUUAUGAACGAUUUCCGUUGGAACGUUAACCAAAGUUAGGCCUGCUGUUCUUGAUCUGGAUGUUUCAAGUGUUCAUGCCUAAGAAAACGUGUACAAUGAACUGAUUUCCUUUUUGAAAGUGUAUGUAUACGCAAACAUGACCAUUAACAGUUGGAAGAUUGAAAAAGAAUCCUAAAGAAACCAUAUACUCUCUCUUAUCGGAAUAUUACAGGCCUAAUUUCUAAGAUAUGGCUUUUAAUUCAAACACAAACAAAAAAGAUGACAUGGAAACAGAAGUAGAACCAUAUCCUGAUAGUGAAGAAGAAAUCGAACCAUAUACUGACAGUGAAGAAGAAAUUGAACCAUUUCCAAAUGAUGUAGAGGAUGAUCAAGGAACAAGCAUCAAUUGGGCCAACCAUCAUGGAAUUGAAUUAAGGCAGAAAGCAUGUCCUCACAAUUGCAUCACUAGACUUUCAAGCUAUGAUCUACUGGAAUUAAGGAAAAAUAAACCAAACAGCCAGAAAGAACAUACACAGUGGCUAUUAGACUUCUUUUUUGAACAUGCAACUCAGGACAAAGUUUGCCAUCUUGUUUGUGGAAAAGAAAUCUGUGAAAAAUGUUGGAGGGAAGUUCAUGAAGUUUCGAUAUACAAGUACAACAAAUAUCUUACUGAAAGCAGAAAUGGUGUCAGAGAAAAGAUUCAUGCAAACACAGCAUCAGUGAGACCUUCCAUUCAAAACAGUGAGAGCAUUGGAUGGUUCAAGAAUUUUGUAAAUGAUAUUGGGGAACACAUGCCACAUCAGGAGAAGAUUACUCUUCCAGCAGGAAUGAAGAAGACUGAGGUCUGGAAAAUAAUGGCAUCUGACCUUGACUCUCAAUCCCUGACAAAGUCAUCCUUUCUGAAGAUAUGGAAAAGGUCCUUUCCACACAUAACAGUGGUUAAAGAAAACCCCUUUUCAAAGUGCCACAUUUGCACAACUCUCCACUUCGAAUUUGAGAAGUGUGGAAGAUAUGAGAGAGAUGCAAAAAUGAUUGUUCUUGAGAGAAAAAAGCAGCAUUGGGAUUACGUGAGGAGACAAAAAGAAGCAUACUAUGAGAGGAGAGAAGUGUCAAGGUUGUUUCCCCGCAAAUGCCUGACCAUUAUCAUGGAUGGAAUGGACCAGAAAAAAACAAACAUUCCCAUUCUUUUUUCCAAAUCUAGGAAUUCGAAGCAGAUUGCCAAUCUCCAGCAAGUCAGGACUCAUUUGCUGGGCUUCCUUGUACACAGAGAUUCAGAGGUAUCAGGAGCACGGAAAGUUGGAUAUGGCUAUUUUGAUCUUCUCCAGUAUCCUCAUGACUCCAAUCUCAAUCUGACUGUAUUACUGCAAACUCUACUUGACUACAAAGACUGCCUGGGAAGGGAAUUGCACUUGCAGACAGACAGUGCAUCUGAUAACAAAAAUAAGAUUGUUCUUGGCUUCCUUGGUAUUAUGGUUCACCUUGGCAUUUUUGAAGAGUGUUAUUUGCAUAUGCUACCCGUUGGUCAUACCCAUGAAGACAUAGAUGCCAUGUUUUCCAAUUUUUCCAGCUUGUUAAAAGCUGAUAUAAUGACAUUGGAAGAAUUGACAAGGACUUUUCAGAAAUUAAGUUACAUCAAGGAAUCAAAAAUUGUCAAAGAAGUCUGGGAUUUUAAAGAUUGGAUGGUACAUCACCUGGUCAACAACCAUGGUCUAGGAGACCAGUUUGAAUUCAGAAUCCAUACUCUUGACAAAGAAAGCAGGACCCCCAUCUUCCAUUAUAGAAGGGGUGAAGGUGAAAGAUGGCUGCCAGACUGUGAAGAUGAAAACUCCUUUGAACAUCAGCAGGAUAAGUGUGGGAUUCAAAUUUUUAAGGACAUGGAUUUUUUGAGGACAAAACCAAAAUAUGUGGUCCCUACAGAGAAGGCCAUGUACCUGAACAGAAUUCUUCAGGAAACCUGCCCAAAGUUGCUGGAGUGUGGGCUUCUGAAAGAUGAGGAGAGGCAAUGGUGGGAGGAAUUCUCUUCUACAGCGAGGGAAAAGUUCCUUACACCACCAAUCAAUGGAAAUAAAGUUUCCACUCAUUAUCUUAAUCUAUUCAAUGUGUAA